GAGCGGCUCGCGCUCACACACUUUCAGAGUCACAGUGCCGACACACACAUGUGCGCGCGCGUUUCUUUUCCUCUCAUUCCUGCUGUAGGACCCAGACUGAUAGCGGGGCGCAGAAGUUCCGCUGCGGUUUAGGAAAUAAUCUGAAGUGAAAGUUGGAUUACAGCUACGAUCUGGGAGGGAAUAACCGCUCAGAUGAUGAGCUGCGCUGCCGGACACGAUCAGCGGAGUUCUGGUCCGUCACCGACUGUGUGGCGAAUGUAGAUAAGCCCCCUUAUGAGGUGAAAAACCCUCCCCAUCCUGCAGUCUCCCCCCUCCAGCACCACCAGCAGGAAUAAGGGAUGUCAGGACGGUUCCACUUUUUAGCAGUGCUCAUUGUCUCCUGUAACAUCCAGGUGUCUCCGGCUGCUUCGUUGGAUAAGUUGAAGGAUGACUGGGAACGGUACAUGGAAGAAUGUAAACAGAACAACUCUCAGAACCGCCCCAGCGCCGGUCUUGUGUGCAACAGGACAUUUGGCAAUUAUGCCUGCUGGCCCGAUGGGCUCCCCAACAGCACCGCCAGCGUGGCGUGUCCGUGGUAUUUACCAUGGCACCAUAAAGUUCGACACGGCAAAGUGUAUCGGGAGUGUGACGCAAACGGCCAGUGGCUGAUGGUGCAGAACACCAGUGAGUGUGAUUUUCAUGAUGCAAGUCCGCACUACUACAGACAUAUUUGGAUCAUGUACACAGUGGGCUAUUCUCUAUCCCUGGUGGCACUGGUUCUGGCUCUUGGCAUCCUCAUAUUCUUCAGGAAAUUGCACUGCAUGAGGAACAACAUCCACAUGAAUCUGUUUGCCUCAUUCAUCCUGCGAGCGCUGUCGAUCCUGAUCAAAGACGCUCUGCUGGAUGCCAACAACACAUCUCAGCAUCUCAGCAGAGAGCAGGACCAGGGAUUCCCCAGUGCUUCAGUACCCCCAGUGGAGCUGAUGGUCAACAAUGCGACAUCAAUCAGCUGUCGCAUCGCUGUGGUGAUGAUGCAGUACAGCAUCAUGGCUAACAGUUACUGGCUGCUGGUGGAAGGCAUCUACCUCCACAACCUCCUGGUUAUUACCGUGUUUACAGAGAGGAACUACUUCAAAAUCUACCUGUGUGUCGGCUGGGGUACACCAUUAAUUUUCCUCAUACCAUGGGUUGUUGCUAAAUACUUUUAUGAAAACCAAGAGUGCUGGGAGCAAAACAUCAACAUGAAUUACUGGUGGAUAAUCCGUGCACCCAUACUCGUUGCUGUUGUGGUUAACUUCCUGAUCUUCAUCCAUAUCAUCAAAAUUCUUAUUUCCAAACUCCGCGCACACCAAAUGAGAUACACAGAUUAUAAAUUCAGGUUGGCAAAGUCGACUCUGACCCUGAUCCCACUUCUGGGGAUCCAUCAGGUGGUCUUUAUCUUUGUGACAGACGAGUCCACCAAAGGAACCAUCAGUUUACGUCUCACUAAACUCUUCCUUGACCUCUUCUUCUCCUCAUUCCAGGGUCUUCUGGUUGCCAUCUUGUACUGUUUUGUCAACAAAGAGGUGCAGUCUGAGAUCUUGAAGAAGUGGAAGCGCUGGAAACUAGGCAGGAACAUUGAGGAGGAAUACCGCCACACCUACAGCAAUACCCCCAACACCAAGACGGGCAGCCUGCUGAACCACAUCUCCCAGCUCUCUCACCUGCCAGACAUCACCAAGUCCUCUCUUCCGGUCUGCAGUCCAGAAGAGACACACAUGCUUGUGGCUGGCUGCAACAACGGAAUGGUCCACAGGAAAGCAGGAGCUGACUGCUCUUCCCGGCACAAUGAAGGAACCAGCAACUGCACGUUGGUGGAGGAUAUCAGCAUCACUGAUAAGCUGCAGUGUUAUGAGGUGCAGAUCGCUAAGGUGGAGAGCCAUCUUUGAUUGACACAUGGAAAAGCAACUUAAGGAGACAGUUGGAAGUUUAGGCUGUUGUCAGGCCCUGAGUGAUGGUCCUGGUUAGAUGUUAAGAGAUGAUCUUGUUGGUGGGAGUGGUCUUUAGUGGAGAGAACCGAGUGGUCAGCUCUGAACACCUCUGCAGCAACAGGGUGCUGAAUCUUGUGAACGGACCUCUCUAGAAGUUAGACAACAAACCAUGUACAGUUGCUGCCCACUGAAUAAUUCUUCAACAGCAUCUGGAAGCAGAACAACAUUCAAAAGAAAUGUGACAAGAAAACAGGGUUCCAGCUAAAAGCCUCUGCUUUAGUGUUUGCUGUCAGAUUAGUGUGUGUUGUGUGGUUCUACACAGACUGGACAUUGGACUGUCUGGACACACACACACACACACACACACAAAAGUCUGAAGAUGUGUUUUCUAUGGUGUAUGCUUUGCUCUGGUGUGUUAUCUUGUCUUUACUGAUCUGCUCUCAGUACCUCAUGCGGUAAGGUGACCACAGUGUUAAUGUCCAUGAGAACCAGGCAGCUGCUCACCCCAGGUCCUCCCUGGCCUGCAUAGACUUUUAAAGAAAGCCAAGGUUGGCUCAGAAUCAAAAUAAGCUGAAGUGACCUUAGUUUAAAAGUAUUAUUUAUGUAGGUCAGUGGAGUGCUACAGCAUCAAUUGUUAAUUUCAUCCGUAGUGAAAAAAUGAAUGAAAAGAAUCAAAAUACACAAAGGAGGCGGCCUGUAAAGCUGCUCUUGCAUGAAACCUGAAUCCGGGUUUGUUGCUCAAUGUGACAGCGCCUCUGAAACAAGUUUUUUCUUCUCUGUUAAAGUGUUGAUGUGCAGAUUUACUGCACUGUGGCGCAUCGUCCGCUCAACAUGCAUGCCAUAAAGUGCCACCAAAUCAAGGCAGAUAACUAAUGAGUGCAUGCACCAAAUCUCUCUAUGGACAGUGUUAAAAAUGCAACCAAAUGAUGUGAAGACUGAGACAACAGCCUAUUACUAGAACAAAACUUCAUUAAUAAACAUUCAGAAGAGGAACGUAGAGGUACAUUAGCAUGUGGAAUAAUAAAAUUAAGCCACCUGCAAACCAUAAUCAGUCUGAGUUCCUACAAAACAUCCGAACCAUCUUAACUUGACUUGUAUGUGUAACUAUUUGCACAAUUUUAAUUUAUAAUUGGUAAAUAUUGUGUAUAUAUGAGUGUAUUCAUGCUGCUGAUUUGUGCAUUCAAAUUCCUUUUAUGCCUUUUAGAGAGAGAGAGAGAGAAUGUGUGUGAAUGGAAAGAGUUUCUGUAUUUGUGUGUUUUGCAGCAUAAUGAAUUACUAUCAGCAGCUAAAAGGCUUGUAAACCAGUGCAGCAUGGAGUUCAAAGGUCAAAACAAACCAGGAUGUUCCCAGAGGUUCUGCCUAUUUGGGGCAAAGAGAAACAGCUCUGUCUUUUGAAGCCAGGCUCCUGAUGUAGCGUAGAGCGAAUUAGAGCACAACAGCAACAUUUUUGUCACGUCAGAAAACUGCUGUGCUUCAGCCAGUUGGUAGAAAAAAAAAGAAAAUGCAGGCGAAAGCUAUUUUCCAUCAACAUCUGCUGAGAGUUGUACCAAAGCAUGUAAAUGUCCAAUAAUUGCGCUGGGAGCAGGACACACAAACGUGUGCCGCAGCGGUGAGAAGCUCGCACACUCACAUGGUGAAAAAGGAUUUUUGUACACCUGAAAGGAAAAUAAGGACUUAGUAAAAGUAACUUGUGGCCGUGUACGUGUGAGUUUGGGUCACUCCCUUUCUUGGACCAAAGUGGUUCUGUCUGAAUGUAAUCUUUGAAAGUUUCCAGUAGUGUGUUUCUGUUUCCCUCCUCCUAAAAGGUGGCUGUGUACAGUAUUGGUGUGCGUGAACAUCAGAUCAGUGAAGGAACGCGGACUGAAUCCGGGUGUAAACAGGUCAUCAUAUAUUGUAUUUUCUCUCUGUGUAAAUGGUGAAAGAAUAAAUUUAGUAUAUGUGAAAGACGG